CGAGCCUUGCACUCUUUGGCCCUUGCCGGUUAAGAGAGAAACGGUUGGGAACCGAAGAUAACGAACAGAGACACAGUGAAGUCCGCACCAUGCUUGCGACUCUUUUCCUCAGUCCUUCCACUUUCCCAAAUACUCAUCAUCUCUCUUCCAACUUCAAACGACCCUCCGAUUCUUACAUACUCAUCUCUUCUUCCUUAAACCCAAAACCCACAAAUUAUCACCAUCAUGCCUCCACAAAAGAAAACCCAGAUUCCAAACCCCCAUUGGAGCCCAUUAAAAUGCCCACACCUCCAUGGAUGAAGGGUCCUCUAGUUCUCCAACCCCACGAAGUCACCGACCUCUCAAAACCCGAAAACGACAACAAGUUCAGUAAUAGAAAGGCUGAAAAAUCUGUUAACGGGCUCACUGAUAAGUUGGUGGGUCGUAGAGGGAAGAACGUGAUCAAGAAAAUUGCCAGAAGGAUUGAAGAGCUUGGAAGAAAAAGUAAAGUCGAUUCGGAAGAAACCCAGAAAGAUUUUGUGGGAAAAAAUGGAAUUGGGGAUUGUUUGGAAGGGCUUGGGGAAUCGAGAAGUGGUGGGGAGAGAAUGCCAUGGGAGAAGGAUGAGGGUUUUGUGUUUCGGAGGAUGAAGAAGGAGAAGAUAGUGAGUUCUGCGGAAUUGAGGCUUGAGAGAGAGUUGCUUGAGAGGUUAAGAAGUGAGGCUCGGAAAAUGAGGAAGUGGGUUAAGGUGAAGAAAGCUGGAGUGACGAAAGAGGUUGUGGAGGAUGUUAAGUUUGUUUGGAAGAGUAAUGAGCUUGCCAUGGUGAAGUUUGAUGUCCCUUUGUGCAGGAACAUGGAUAGAGCUCAAGAAAUUCUUGAGAUGAAGACUGGAGGUUUGGUUGUCUGGAGAAGGAAAGAUGCUCAAGUUAUUUAUAGAGGCUGCAAUUAUCAGCCGACUUCGAAAACCUUUCCAAGGACAUAUGCUGGCUUUUCUGGGCACCAAGAAACACCAUUCUCCAAUCUUGUUCAGCUGGAUUCCAGAAAAGGAAACAGUGUUUCUGAAGUUAAAUCUUAUGAAAAUACCAUAGAAAGAAAAAUAAGCAAAAAGAAUACUGAAGGGGAGACUAUCCCAACUGCGAUCAUUUUGAAAAAUGAUGCCAAUUUCCAACCAAGCAGUUCAUUGUAUGUGAGGGAAGCUGAUAGAUUACUUGAUGGUUUAGGGCCUCGCUUCAUUGAUUGGUGGAUGAACAAACCUUUGCCAGUAGAUGCAGACUUGCUUCCCGAAGUCGUUCCUGGAUUUAGGCCUCCAUUUAGACGUUGUCCACCACAUACUAGAUCAAAGUUGACAGAUGAAGAAUUGACAUAUUUAAGGAAGCUUGCUCACUCGUUACCUACUCAUUUUGUUCUUGGCAGGAACAGAAAGCUUCAAGGCCUGGCUGCUGCCAUUUUAAAAUUGUGGGAGAAAUGUCACAUAGCAAAGAUCGCUGUGAAGUUGGGAGUUCCAAACACAAACAAUGAGCAGAUGGCAUAUGAACUUAAGUGUCUCACAGGAGGAGAUCUUUUGCUUCGCAAUAAGUUUAUCAUUAUACUUUACAGGGGCAAAGAUUUCCUUCCCGACCAAAUUGCAGAGUUAAUAACAAAAAGAGAAACAGAGCUUGAAUAUUGCCAACUCUACGAAGAACAUGCUCGACUAGUAGUGGCUGAGAAGGUUUUUGUAGCUGAUGAACCACUAAAAAAAACCAGCCCGGCUGGAACUCUGUCAGAAUUCCAUGAUAUUCAAAUAGAGUAUGGGGACUCGAACAAGGGAAACAUAGAGGUCAAACUUCCAUUUGAAGCCGAAAAAGAAAGAUUAGAGAGCGAACUCAGAAAACAAGAACGCAAACUUUUGAUUCUUAACAGCAAAAUAAAGAAGUCAACAAAGGAAUUAUUGAAGUUGAAUACGGCGUGGAAACCUUCUGAGCGGGAUGGUGACCAGGAAAUGCUAACUGAAGAAGAGAGGGAGUGUUUCCGGAAAAUAGGACUGAAGAUGCGCAGUGUUCUUGUCCUUGGCAGGCGAGGGAUCUUUGAUGGUGUAAUUGAAGGCCUGCGUCAGCACUGGAAACACAGGGAAGUAGCCAAGGUAAUUACGAUGCAGAGAUAUUUUUGGCAGGUCAUGUAUACUGCAACGUCGCUUGAAGCAGAAAGUGGCGGACUUCUGGUUUCAGUGGAGAAGCUAAAAGAAGGCCAUGCAAUUAUUAUAUACCGUGGAAAAAAUUAUCGACGGCCUUUAAAACUGAUAUCUGUGAACCUUCUAACGAAAAGAAAAGCACUCUCCAGAUCUCUUGAGAUGCAGAGAAUUGGAUCACUCAAGUUUUUUGCAUACCAGAGACACCGAGCAAUUUCAGAUUUGAAGCUUAAACUGGAAAAUCUGCACACUAUCUUGAAAGUUGAUUGAAGAGAACGUGCAUCAUCUUGAGUAUUCUGCUCAUUUAGAACUUAGAUGUCUUCUCUUUGUCAGCAAAUCACUCCGAAGGUAAGGCUUUGGCAUCUUGAAAAUAUGCCAAUUUGUCACUGCUGCAUAUUGUUUCCAUCCAAUGCAUGCGUCUACGUCUCUGAUGCACAUGCAUCCAUGCAUAUGAAUUAAAAAAUAUAUACUUAGUCUCCUUCGUCAUAGCCCUUCACAGUAUUGUUCUUCACAAUGACCCUUGCAGCUAUGCUGUUUGCAAGUUCUUCCCCUUUAUUCAAAUUGUAUUGCAGCUUCAGCCCCUCGUCUAAUGCCAGCUGUCUGUAAAUCCAAUGGGGAAAACAUUUUUCAGUAUUGCUAUGAGUUAUCAAUUUCCUGUGUCAAUAGUUUUCUUUUCCCAACUAUUUCGAAAAUCAUCAUCCUAGUACUAUAAGCAUCAGAUUUAUGUGAAAGUCGCCCCAAAGUUUCUGGAGAAACUUCUGGUGCUAUGCAUCCACUGCAAACAUUGACAUGACACACUCUCCUCUCUGUUGCAUAAUUUUGAGAGACCAAAAUCAGAGAUUUUUGGACAGAAAUCUUGGUCUAGUAGUCUAUUUUGUGGUUUUAUCUCACUUAAAAAGAAAUCAAAGGAUCU